GAAAAUCAUUCCACUACGUCAAGUCGUCCCGUCCGCUCUGUGAAGAUGUCUGCGACGGGUUCAGGCGGCUGUGGACCGGGACCCGGACCCACCUCGGGCACCGGGUCCGGGGCUUCCAACCCCAGAAAGUUCAGCGAGAAGAUAGCGCUGCACACCCAGCGGCAGGCCGAGGAGACCGCCGCCUUCCAGGAGGUGAUGAUGGACAUCACCUCGACCAGGCUCCAGGCUCAGAAGCUCCGUCUUGCCAGGAGUCAGGGUCCGUACUACGGCGGCUCGUUACCCAACGUCAACCAGAUCGGCAGGAGCCCGCAGGACUUUCAGGGCUCCUUCCCUUCCACUCUGGAGUCCAACCGGUCAACGCGGCAUCACGGCCUGGUGGAACGAGUCCAGAGAGAUCGUCGUUUCAUCUCCCCGGUCCGGCCGUACCGCAACCGACAAGUGGACAGCUCGCCAUAUAACUCCGCCUACUUGUCCCCGCCGCCCGACCCCAGCUGGAGAAGGAAUUGGCCUGGAAACUUCCCCGGGGAUAAAAGCCAGUCGUUUCAUCUCCCCACCACUGCACUCAACAGAACCAACUCUGACUCAGCCCUCCACACCAGCGUAAUGAACCCACCCACAGGAGACCCCUUUCUCACAGGAGGCCACACCCUCACCCCCCAGAGCACCAGGCGCACAGGUCAGACUGAUGGAGAAGGCAGAAGAAUGUUUCCUUACCCGGUUCCUCCAAUUGAAGAGAACAUGUUGGACGAAGGGAAACUGCUCAAACCCUGGGACACCAAGAAGUUGCCUCUGUUGACGUCCCGACCCAAGUCCUGUGAAGUCCCGGGUAUCAAUAUCUUUACAUCCCCGGAGCAGCCGUCCAUUCCCACUCACGGUGUCCCCUCGGCUCUCAACACUGGUGGCUCGCUGCCCGACCUGUCCAGCCUCCACUUUCCCUCCCCACUGCCCACUCCGCUGGACCAGGACGAGCCCGGUUACCUAGGAUCCUCCUCUCUGAGCGGUGGGAGCAGCACCGGUAACCUGGCCUCCACCCUGACCCAGCUGGGUAUCAACGCUGCCAACGUAUCAGGAGGCAACAGCAACUACCAUCACCACUCACAAGGUCUCCUGGCGUCUCUACAGAGCACGCUCAGUAACCCCUCCCUGCAGUCGUCGCUAAGCAACCCCAACAUCCAGUCGUCCCUCAGCAGCCACUCCUUUUCCAACUCUCUGAGCUCCGCCUCCCUGCACUCGUCGCUCAGCAAUCCCUCGCUACAGUCGUCCCUAAGCUCCUCCCCCUCUCUGCCGUCCUCCCUCAGCAGCCAGUCGCUGCACUCCUCCCUCAGUAACUCCUCCCUCCAGUCGGUGUCCAGCGGUAACCCCAACUACAGUGGUGGCGGCGGUGGCAUGGGCGGCUCCGGCUCCUCCUCUUCCUCCUCCUACUCGCCGAUGCUCAGCGGCCAGGGUCAGACAUCGCUCAGCACGUCGCCGCGGAGACGAGCCCAGCUGUCGCCACUCAUCCUGCCCAUGGGAGGGGAGUCGAGGAGGCAUCACUCCAAACAGUUCUCCCCCACCAUCUCCCCCACCCUGUCCUCCAUCACACAGGGCGUCCCUCUUGACACCAGCAAACUGCCUCUGGACCAGAGGCUUCCUCCGUACCCGCUCAGUCAGUCCCACCAGCACCAGCCAGGCUCACACCAGCCUCUCCCCAGUCUGCCAGGCUCGCAGCCUGGACAGCAGCCUCCUGCACUGGCUCAGCACCACCACCAGCAGAUGCACCGCCUCCAGCAGACGCGACCCAACGCCCAGCAGCAGCAGCAGCAGCAGCAGCAACAGCAGCAGCAGCAGCAGCAUCAUCAGCAGCAGCAACAGCAGCAGCAGCAUCAACAACAACAGCAGCAUCAGCAGCAUCAGCAGCAGCAGCAGCAGCAUCAGCAGCAUCAGCAGCAGCUACAGUCCAUGCAGCAGCUGCACCUGCAGAACCUGCGCAACCAGCACAUGCAUCAGCACUUUGGAACGAAGCAGAUGGGACAGCAGAUGAACAUGACCAACACGCCGUUGAUCAAGAACGAGAAUGCGCUGGAUCAGUGUGUCCAGAGCUCCUCGAUGUCGUCGCAGUGUCACGUCAAACAGGAAGCAGAGCAGCAACAACAACAACAACAGCAGCAGCAGCAGCAGCAACAACAGCAGCAGCAGCAGCAGCAGCAGAGAGUCAGCGGCCUCCCGCAGCUCCAGCAGAUCAGCCACAGCCUCGCCACCGACCUCUACAACGACGCUUUGUUCAGCUCUCUGCUUGACGACCCGUACCUGAGUCUGCAGCUCUCCAGCAAAUCCAGCAACCAGCAGUUCACGGCCGAGAACCAGGGCGACGGUUUGUCUCUGAACCACGGCGGCGUGAGCCGCGGCAACGCCGACAAGAACCAGUUCCCCUCCAACACCCAGGGCACCAUGGGCCUGCAGGACCACGGCGACCAGCAGCUCCUCAACAACCAGAACCAGAACUACAGCGGAGACGGACGACACAAUGUCCCCAACAUCAUCCUCACAGGAGAUUCACCUCCAGGUCUGUCCAAAGAGAUUGCCAGCGCUCUGUCCCACGUCCCCGGCUUCGAGAUGGACCCGUUCUCCCUGGACGACCCGCUCAGGAUGGACCACCUCGCUCUGGACAUGCUUGAAGGUGACCUGAUGCUCGCCGACCCGGCCGUGGAGGACUCUUUCCGAUCCGACCGGUUAAAGUGACCCCUCCUGGCCCCGCCGCCGCCGCCCGCUGCCGCACCCGUACGCUUCAACGCUCCGCAGAGCGAGGUUUGGACACCACGGAGCGGAAAUCUCUCUGACGAAGUCUCGGAGAAACGGACGCCAAGGUUUUCAGUGGCGGAUUGAACUGAUGGAGGCGGAGCUUUUCCAUCGAAGGCGGAGCUUUUCCAUCGAAGGCACUUAAACUGAAAACGCUCUUGCAAUGCUUGAAAAACCAAGUCGCUUCUCUUUCUUUUUCUCUCUCUGUUUUUCGGCAUUAGCUUGUACGAGUCUCGUCUGCACGUUAACGGAAAAAAAAAUAAUGCAAAAGACUGAACUGUGUGUGUGUGUGUGUGUGUGUGUGUGUGUGAGUGAGUGAAAAACCAGGUUUACGUCGCUCCCCCCCCCCCCCCCCCCCCGGCGGCCAUUUUGACCGUCGCAUUACACGGGAAAGAAGAUUGGUUUGGACGAAUUCACCCACCCUCUAAACCCCACCCCCCUCCUAAACCCCACCCACCCCCAAAAACUGCCAUUCUAUGUCAGACAAGGCCGGCGCCGCGGCGUCCACCGCGUCCUCAGCGUCCACGUCCUCUGCUUUAAUCGCCACUUUGACAGGAAGUCAGCCAUGAUUAUAGAUUAUAGAUUUCUAUAUUUAAGAUAAAUAUAAAUAUAUGUGAUGUCACACAACAGUGGCCUGGAAGAGUCUGCGAUAUAUUUUUUUUUCCGACCAGAAAAGAUGUCACGUGACACAAUGAUGUCAUCGAAGCAGCUUUAAGAACAACACUGUGAUCACGUCGGUGUUUUUUUUUUUUUUUUUACGUAAAACAAGCGAAAAAAAAUCGUUAGUGAAAAACAAAAGUUGUUUAUGACUCGCUAACACAAGACGUUGUCUUCAACCAAUCACAGCUCAGCUCAGCUCAGCUGCUGAUUUAAGGUUAUUUUGUUUUAAAGUUUUAACUAAAAACUUGACUGAGCGACGACAUCAAACCAGCUUUACAAAGAAAAAUAUGCAAACGAUGCAAAGAAAAGAAGACGAGAGCAGGCGGGGACACGUCGGCAGUGGUGUCGCAUGAUUGUAACCAUGGAAACGUGGAGUAACCGACUCACUGAGAGGUCUAAGUUAAAUUAGACGGAAACCGCAAGAGGCAGCAACUGCAGAGGCUGCGUUCAGAGUCAAGUCCCAGUGUACACCAGGUCUCAGGCUGGUUCCUGGUCUUAGUCUGAGUUCUUAGCCCAAGUCAGAGUCGCGAGUAGUCCCAGUCCAAUCUGGGACCCGGCCUGAGACUCAGACUUGGUCUGGGACUGAGAAUCUUGACUCUCGUCGUUGAUGAAUGUUCAAUCAAAAGAUUUUUCUACAAAUCUGAAGUAAAGUUUUUUAUUUUUUUGAAUUUUUUUCAAAUAUCUGUAUCCAUAUAAACAUAAGGCGUGGUUGCUAUGACCACCGCAUUCAUGUCCAGCUGCUCUGCAUCAGCUUCAUUUUAUUAUUUCCAAACGUUUAAGGCUAAAAAUUAUCCAAAGUCAAAAUGGAACACGGUCUGCGUCCAGGCGAGCAUUUCAGCUCCGUGCCAUUUUAGAUUUGGCACGUUCGUAAACAGGAAGCAGAGUUUUAUUCAUUCACAAACGACGUUGACGUUAAAAAAAAGUUUCAACAGCUUCUCGUUCACGGCGGAUUGUAAAAGUCGCAACUAGACAUGGGACAAAAUAACGGCGACUUAAAAACAUUGCAUCCAUGUCGUUGUCCAAAAAAUUAUAUCGCUGGAUGCGAUAGUUUUACGAUAAAUUUAGCAUUUUUUCCUGGAAUGACUGGAAAGAUGCAGGUAGCUCUCCCUAGUGGCACUUCAAAAUAAAUCUCAAAAGUUUUUGGUUUUUUUCUUCCCCUGAAAAUUGAAAUUAACCACAAUCAAGUAAUUGUAUCGCGAUGUAAGAUAAAAUCUUAAUUUUUGUCCCAUCCCUAGUCGUGAUGUUUUAGGUGCUCUGUGGUCGUAACCAUAGCAACAGCGCUGCAGAGAGGAUUUGGCCUGAGAAAGACGCUUUAUUUUGUUGUUUCAAUUUGUUUUAUUUGAAAAGUAAAAAACAUGUUACUGAGACUUUAUUUCUGCCUCGGACGUUUGAAGCUGCUGCAGAAAUGUGUCCUUUUUUUAUGAAGAAAAUAUAAAGAAAAAUGAGGGAAAUAUUUGAAAUAUUUCUCAUUUAUUAGUAUGAAAAAAAACAGGAGAGAUUUAGAAAUGAUGCUAACAUUUAUUAAAAAAAUAAUGGAAAAUUAAAGAUUGCAGAUAAAUAAAAUAACAUUAAAUUAUUUAAUAGUCAAAACUUCACCCCCAAUAUAUUAAUUAUUAAAAACUAAUAUAGUUUUUCAGAUUUUAUUUUUUUAAUGUGGCGGAAAUAUCCUGCCUCCGUCAGUGAUGUCACUUCCUGUAAAUCAUAAAAACAUUACUGAGCAGAAACUCAGGAUUACAGUUUAAAAUAAAUAAAUGAAUAAAAAGUGAAGGUCAAUCCAAAGGUCAGAGCGAGUGUUUGAGAAGGUGUGGUCAGACGGUAGCAGUGGCGGCCCCCGCAGGUCAGAUGAAGCCACUGCAGGCGCAGGUUCUCAGGAAGUGAUGUUGAAGGUGAAGGAAACGUUCGCGGUUGUUGUGUCGUGUUCGUUUAUCGCCGUGACGACAGCGUUUCUGUGCAGCGUCACUUUGGCUGCGAGUCUUUGUUUCCACUGAUGUCGUGUGUGAGUCACGAAGUCGCGUAACGGACCUUUAACGAGUCGUUUCAUUCAAAAUGAUGUCUCGUUCUUAUUUUAUUUUUUGAUAUUUUUGUUAUUUGAAAACCGAGAAAAAGAAAAGUAACAUAUUUAAUGAAAUUCAUCCCAGAAUUCACUUUUUCAUCCUGUCAUUUGUGUGUGUGUGUGUGUGUGGGGCAUCUUGCCGUUGUUAUGCAAUAAACCUAUUGUGAGUUCCAGACUCUGCCAGUAGGGAGAGCUGUUGACCAGCGAGGUGGUAUGAGUGUAUGUGUGUGUGUGUGUGUGUGCAUUAGGGAUCAGUUAAAGGCCAUAUUUCAUAUUUUUUUUUCAUAUUUUGUAUUGAUGUAUAAUAUUAAUUGCGCUCACAUUAUUAAUGUUAUUGUUUUGUUUGUUUGUUUGUAGCGCCCUCUGCGGUCUCUUGCUUUGUAAUGUUUUUAUUUUGAACCUUGUCGAACAACGUCGAGGGAACGUUGAGCGUUGUACAUACAAAUCUCACAGGAGACAUUUUUAAAGAAACUGUAUCUUCACAUUAUUUUCCAGAAAAUAAACAAGUGAAACCUG